CGGCCGCAGCUGAUUCUCCUUCACUAUCUCAUCCCACACGCUACCUUUAUCCUUCAUCAUCUCCACAAAGCUGAAAUCCUGAUCAAAACCAUACUCCUCAAUCUCAUACUACUCCGCCAACACCUUCCAUAUAUGCUUCCACUUGAACACGACCCUGUUGUUGAUGUUAAACCCUUCGUUCCAUGCUUAUGGGUCUACCACUGCCCAGAUUUUCUGCUCCGCUAGCAGAUCCGCAUCCGAAGCCUCCGAAAACGAUUCCCAAUCCUCUCUCCUCCCUGAAAAUCUCAACUGCAACCCCUCGACGCCGUUGACCGAGCAACUCUCAGCCUUAGAGGACCGGCUGGUUUAGGUGACGUCAGUCAAAGAAGAAAUCUUGGUCUUGAGGUCUUUGGCGUCGGAGAUGUCGCACCGGAUGCACUCGAUUGGGUGGUCGACGUCCCAGUUUGGACCGCGACGGCACGCGACGCCGUAGACCUUCCAUGGACCGCCAGGAAAAACAGACAUUCAGCAACCUGACAUUUGGAGCUGUACAAUCAUAGCAGUGGGACAUCUGUUCAUCAUGCACUGUCUCUCUCUCUCUCCCUUUCUUACCCACCCACAGACAUACACUGACACACUACCCUCUUUCAAACUCUAUAUCAACCUCUCUCCUAGCUGAGACCACAUCCCUUGGCUGCUUCUCACAUUUGGAGUCCCUCUCUCACCAAGAUUGGAGCGAGCUUGAGGUUAAAGCAAACAUGGCUAAACAGGGUUCCUCAGGCUCAACAUCUCUUGGAGGUGACCCUUCUGAAGCAAAAAUCACACCAAUUGUGAUCAUUUCUUGUAUCUUGGCCGCUACUGGAGGCCUCAUGUUUGGUUACGAGAUCGGUAUUUCGGGAGGUGUAACAUCCAUGCCGGGUUUCUUGGAAAAUUUCUACCCGGAUGUGUAUGCUAGUACCCAGAAGCUGAAGACCCACAACAGCAAUUAUUGCAAAUACAACAAUCAAAGGCUGCAAUUGUUCACAUCUUUGCUCUACCUUGCGGCUCUGGUAUCAACAUUCUUUGCGUCACACAGUACCAAAAAGCUAGGCAGAAAGAUGACCAUGUUGAUUGCUGGGAUUUUCUUCAUAGUUGGCACAGUUCUUAACUCUGCAUUCACAAACUUUGCUACGGUCAUCAUUGGGAGGGUCUUUCUUGGUUGUGGAGUUGGUUUUGCUAAUCAGGUUGUUCCACUUUUCCUUUCGGAGAUUGCUCCGACAAGGAUACGUGGAGGUCUGAACAUACUUUUCCAGCUUAAUGUAACCCUUGGAAUUCUGUUUGCAAACCUUGUCAACUAUGGAGCUGCCAAAAUUAAAGGAGGAUGGGGAUGGAGGCUAUCGUUGGGUCUAGCAGGGGUUCCAGCUCUUAUGCUAACCUUGGGGUCCCUCAUUGUGGUAGACACUCCUAACAGUCUGAUACAACGUGGUAAGUUGGAGGAAGGAAAAUCAGUGCUUAGAAAGAUUAGGGGGACUGAAAAUAUUGAAGCAGAGUACUUGGAGAUAUUAGAGGCAAGUAAUGAAGCCAGAGAAAUCAAGCACCCUUUCAGGAAUCUUCUUAAGCGUAAAAAUCGGCCUCCUCUCAUCAUUGCAAUAGCAAUGCAGAUCUUCCAGCAAUUCACUGGCAUUAAUGCAAUAAUGUUCUAUGCUCCGGUAUUAUUCGCAACCAUGGGUUUCGGCAACAAUGCUUCCCUUUACGCAGCUGUCAUAACAGGAGCAGUCAAUGUGCUCUCGACCAUUGCAUCAAUUUUCGUGGUAGAUAAACUUGGCCGCCGCAUGCUCUUAUUAGAAGCCGGCGUCCAAAUGUUGCUUUCUCAAUUGGUUGUUGCAAUAGUGCUAGCACUCAAGGUCAAGGACCACUCUAACAAUCUAUCUUUCGGUUUGGCGAUAUUGGUGGUGGUGAUGGUGUGUUCUUUUGUCUCCGGUUUUGCUUGGUCUUGGGGACCUCUCGGGUGGUUAAUCCCAAGCGAGACAUUUCCACUGGAGACCCGCUCGGCCGGGCAAAGUGUGACGGUUUGUAUCAACAUGAUCUGUUGUUUUCUUAUAGGGCAAACCUUCCUCUUAAUGCUUUGCAGCUUGAAGUACGCCAUCUUCUUGUUCUUCUCGGCUUGGGUUUUGGUCAUGACGCUCUUUGUGCUGUUUCUAAUCCCCGAGACCAAGAAUGUACCUAUUGAGGAGAUGACAGAGAGAGUGUGGAAGCAGCACUGGUUUUGGAAGAGAUUCAUUGAUGACUAUGAGGGUGAUGAUUCGAAUAUAAAAUAUGCAAACUAACUGAAGUAGUCCCAUCCGCUUUGUUAAGUCUCUUACGUACUCUUGUGUGUCCUUCUGAAGUUGGUUCAUGUAUUUUCAGUAUUCUAAUGGAGCUCAAGAUAAACAUUUCAUUUUAACCAUGCCAGUUGGGUUUUGACUGAUGUUAUUUGGAGUUUUCACCAAACGAAACAGGAAAAUAAAAAUAUUAAGCGGCAUGAAGAAAGUCUUCUCAGACCAAAAAAAGAAGUGUCAUAUUUUGA